GUGUAAUGCAUGAUGGGAAAUAGGUCGUCAGCGGGGCCAGUGUUUGCGAGGCUGUAUGUGUGCGCCAGCCAGCCAGCCAGGCGUCUUUCCUCUGUAGAUGGAAGAACUGGGGCGCUGAAACAGAAAUGGAUUGAAAAUAAUUCAUCAGACCCGUGCUGCAACGACUCUGGCCAUGAUAGCCGCAGUGCACAGCCUCGUCAGCUAUUUUAAGAUGAAACCCUCCUGCCUCUAAGCAACAUGCCUUAUGGGAUUAUUCCUUGGCAACACUGAUAUCCCAUCAAAGUUUACAUUCCAAUAUUAGAGACCUGGGGAAAAAAAAGCUCAACGUUCUACAGUAAAGUUUCAUAGCAAUUCUGGAGCACAGGUCACUUUUGAUAACAAACCUACUAUUGUGUUUUUUACUGCGAUUUUUCUUACUGUCCCACUGGGUUAAGGCUUAUCAUGAGAUUCCGAAUUUACAAGAGGAAAGUUGUAAUACUGACUUUGGUGGUUGUAAUCUGUGGAUUUGCCUUUUGGAGUAGUGGGAAACAGAAAAAAGGAAGUGCUGUUUUUCCUAAGGAAGCAGAGACUGUUAAAAGAAGCAGCGUUAGUAGCCAGGCACAGGUCACGGUACCAGUAACUCGGAAACCUGUCAACGAAACGCCUCCCGAAAAACAAGCGGCCCCCAAGCCUGAGGUGGAUAAUAGCACUCUGGUGUAUCGGGGUAUUGUGUUCCAACUCAACUUUGACCAGACUUCGCGAAACGAGGAGAAGUUUGGUUCGGUGCGGCAGAAGGAUGACCUAGUGGUAGUUGUUCAGGUUCACAACCGGCCAGAGUACCUGAGGCUGCUUGUAGAGAGCUUGAGAAAAGCAAAAGGCAUAGAGAAUGUCCUGCUAAUAUUCAGCCAUGACUUCUGGUCUCCAGAGAUCAAUCAAGUAGUAUCAUCCAUCGACUUCUGCCUUGUACUCCAAAUAUUCUUUCCCUUCAGCAUCCAGCUCUACCCUCACGAGUUCCCUGGAAAUGACCCCAGAGACUGCCCCAGAGACAUUUCCAAGAAAGACGCCUUAAAACUCGGCUGCAUAAAUGCAGAGUACCCGGACUCAUUUGGCCACUACCGUGAGGCCAAAUUUUCUCAAACCAAACACCACUGGUGGUGGAAGUUGCAUUUUGUGUGGGACAGAGUACGUGCAUUGAAGGAUCACAAAGGACUAGUGCUGCUUAUUGAAGAAGACCACUAUUUAGCACCAGACUUCUACCAUCUUCUCAAGCUGAUGACAUCUCUGAAGAGAGAGCAGUGUGCUGACUGUGAUAUUCUUUCACUAGGGAGCUAUGGACACAUUGGCUAUGCCAGCAAAGCCAACAGAGUGGAGGUGAAGGCCUGGAAAUCCACAGAGCACAACAUGGGCAUGGCCAUGAACAGAGAGACGUAUGAGAAACUCCUCCAAUGCACAGAAGCCUUCUGCACUUAUGACGAUUACAACUGGGACUGGUCCCUACAGCACCUCACCGUGGCUUGUUUGCCCAAUUUUUGGAAGGUCAUGGUGAGUGAAGCUCCUCGCAUCUUUCAUGCUGGCGAUUGCGGCAUGCACCAUAAGAAGUCAACCUGUAUGCCCAACACUCAGAAGACAAAGAUAGAAAACAUUCUUCAGAGCAGCACCAACCAACUGUUCCCAAAAACUUUGCUCAUCACAAAGAGAUUGCCUGCAUCAGGGGCUGGGGGAGUGGCCCCUCAUGUUAAAAACGGUGGUUGGGGGGAUAUCAGGGACCAUGAACUCUGCAAGAGCUAUCUUCGGUUACAGUGACCUUAUUCUCUUUUGUUUGUUCGUUUGGGUUGUUUGGUUGUUUUUUUUGCAUCCUCUAAUGAAAGCCUUUACAAAUUCUUAAUGGACUAUAUCUUUAUAUUGCCUGUUUUGUUGAAAUAUUCCAAAUAAAAAAAAGUAUGUGGGGUUUGGGUUUGGUGAUUGUCCUUUAAACAUUAAGGAAAACUAACCUAUGUAACUGUAGAAUAAACACAAUCAGGGUGAUGGUACUGCUUGCUGAACAAAUGCAUGUAUUUUAGCUUAAAUUCCUUUGACAUCUGAUUUGUCUAUUAAUAGCAACCUCAGUGUUUUGCCCCACUAUGACAAAUCUUCUAGAUGUAUAUUUGCAGUUUAUCUGCAUUAUAGCAUAAAAGCUUGCACACCAUUUAAUUUCCUCUGUGAUAGGACGUAUUUGUGUGCAGCAAUCCUUGUGGUAUUUAAAUCCCAUAGAUAUAUUUUUGCCAAUUAAAUGAGACAUGAGGUCUUCUGAGACAUCCUGUCCCAGUUUCAGGAGCUAUCAUUUAGCCUUGCCAGAGCUCCUUGCAGCCUUAUAGUUCUAGCCAAGUGUGAAAAAGUAAAACCCAGCCAAUUACAUGCCAUUUAAUAGAUUAAUCGUGCUAAGCUACAAGGAGCUAUGUCAUGCUGCUGAUUUUUGUGUUUCGAUUGAGAGAAUUACUGUUCUAAAUGUGUGCUUUUUGGAUACUUUAGUCUCAGCAAAGUAGCAGAGCUUGUAUUGAUUUAUUUUUGCAUUCCAAGGUUUCAGAAGCUCUGAAUGGCUUCACUUCAAGCUAAUUAUACAGCAUGAAUGGUUCUAAACUGUGAAAAAGCAAUUAGAGCUCAUAGCAAGUUAAAUGUAAUUAAUGUACAUGUUUUUUAGACUUCUUUGAGAUUUAAAACAUCUGCAGAACAAUACAGAUUUUUAUGAUGUA